AAAUAGAAAGAGAAAGAGAUAGUCACUUAUUAGCAGUCCCAACAUUGCUCGUAAUAUUCUAUAUACAGCAAUAAAGUAUGGAGUGGGGAGAGCAGAGGAGAGAAUGAACCCAAUUCCGGGAUUCCCGAAGUGAAAGAGGAAUAAAAAAUCACCGCAGAUUGGCAUUUGGCCUGGUCAUUGUUUUGUGUGCCGUCGAGUUGUCGAGUGUUUUAUAUAUGACUUGAUGUUGGCAUUAAUCAUUUUGUUCAAGUAAAUAACGUAAAUUUCAUCAAAAAUCAAUUAUGUUUUAUAAUCCUCCUCCUGUUGAAGCUAAAAAAAUUGUCGAAAGACAAUUUUUGCAAGAGAAAACAUUUAAUGGUAAAUUUGAAGUUGUAUGGAAUUUUAUAGCUCCAUAUAUUAAAGAAGUUCCUAAUACAUUCGUCAAAACAGUUGAUCGUUCAAUCUUCUGGAGAAAAGAAGGUAACAAAGAAUUCAUUAGUGCAAAAGAUGAAUAUUAUUUGAGUGAAUCAAUUGAGGCAUACACCAAGAGCAUCGCUGAUGCACCAGUUGGAUCCGAAGAAUUGUCAUUGGCUUAUGCAAAUCGUUCAGCUGUAUUGUUCAGGGCAAGUCUCUAUGAAGAUUGUCUUCUUGACAUUGAACGUUCUUUAAAAUCAGGCUAUCCAGAUCAUUUGAAAACAAAAUUAUAUGUUCGUCAAGCAUUGUGCUUCAAGGCCUUGAAACCAAACUCAAAACUUGAAGCAGAUAUUUCAAUGGCCAGUGCAAUGCAAUGGCUAUCUAAUUUUAAAGAAAAAAGUCCAAAUUAUAACAUCACAAAUGAAUAUUCAAAGAUGAUGAAUGAGCUUAAAGAACCACGUGAAAUUAAUAAAUUUAUACCAGAAAUAAAAAAUGAUAAUGCAAUAAUUGUUGGUGCAUCUGAUGCAAUUGAACUAAAAAAAACAAAUAAAAAUAAUCAACAUAUUGUUGCAACAAGAGACAUUAAAUCUGGUGAAUUUAUUUACAUUUCUGAGCCAUUUGCAGCAGCUAUCAAUACUGAACUACGUUUUACUAAUUGCUGGCAUUGUUGUCGUUCAACUUUGGCUGGUGUACCAUGUGAUGAUUGUCCAAGCGUCAUUUAUUGCUCUGACAUAUGUAAAAAGAGAGCAUGGCAUAGUUAUCAUAACAUUGAAUGUUCAGUAUUAGGAUUACUUAUAAAACAUGACAGAUUGGAAAAAUUUUCAAAGUUUGGAAUGAUAACAGAACAUUAUUUUCGAGAAAAAUAUUUAAUAAAGUCAUUAAACUCAGUGGGUGGUUUGAUUGAAUUAAAGAAAAAAAUUGACAAUAUCGACUCGAUGAAAAAUAAAGAAGUAAUAUUCACCAAUGGGAUUCUUGAUGUUAAUACUAUCGAUAAUUUUCUUCGUCUUGAUUAUUUUGAAGCAACAUCACCAGAGUGUACAUUUGAAUCAGCAAUACGUGCAGUAUUGAUUGUUACAAUCUUUGCUCUAAAAACAGAUAUAUUUGGUAAACAAAUGACAUUGAAAGAUUUGAUUAAGAGUAAAGAUAAAAAAAUAUUAAUUUUGGGAGAAUUAAUAUUGAGAUAUACAAUGAUCGCUCGUCGCAAUAGCCAAUUCGUUACAGAGCUGUCAGAUGGUCAUACUGCUGUUCGGUCAACUGCCAUGAUACCAUUUUAUAAUAUAUUAAAACAAAGCUGUUAUCUAAAUGUCAAUUGCACUUACAUGGGUUCAAAUGCUGUAGUAUAUGCUUGCAAACCAAUCAAGCAAGGACAACCGAUACUCAUGAGUCCAUAUCAUAUGACUUCGAAAAUCGAGCCAUGUAGACAAUCAGGACGCUCUACUGAUAAACCAAAACCAUGCAAAUGUACAGCAUGUGUCGAGAAUUGGCCAACUAUGGAACAUCUUCCAUAUUACCAGAGUAUGAUAUUGCCAACAAGAGCCAAGAUGGAAAUGCACUGUACGAUGCUAAACUAAAAAAGUGGAAAGAGCUCAUUGACCAGGGAGAUCCUAAAAAAUUAUUAACAAUUAAGGAUAAUUUGAGUAGUGUUAAUAAUAAGUUUCAUCAAUACACCACUGUUCCCUGCAAAAAAAUGCCACUUUUUUUUAUUUAUUAUUCAAAAAAUCAUAUGGUCAAUUACAUACAGUUCAUGAUACUCUCAAGUAAUUAUUUAUCAACAGAAAAAAACAAGAUACAGCUUCGUAUAAAUUAUUUACAAUGUUCUUCAUUGCUAAUAUAUGUAGCAAGAAGAAUAAACAAUUAAAAUUAUCAUUAGUUAAUUUUUCUUGGAGUUAUAAAAUAUCUUUAAUGAAUUAAUAAUGAUUAUUAAUUAUGAAUUAAUAAUGAUUCAAAUUUAAAUGAUUUUAAAAAAAAAAAUGAAUAACUUUUAAAUGGUUAAAUUACUUUUUUUCAAAAACUCUGAAAUUUAUUAUUUCAAUUCAACGGAUUUAUUAAUGUUUAAUAAAUUUAAGUGUUUUUUGUGUUUUCGAAUUCAAUUAAAUAUAAAAUACUGUAGUCUAAAAA